AUGUUCAGAUGGCAUGCUCACCAUGAUGUGGACCUGCUGCGAGAAGUGGUAGCAGUUCGGCCGAAGUCUGAAAAUGACUGGAAUGGCCCUUAUUAAUUUUAUGUAUCUUAUGGAUUAAGGGAAGUAAUAGCUACAAGGGUAAAAAACAUUGCAUUCGAGAAGCCCUUUACCAGUUACUCAUGAAUUGAUCUAGAAUGAGAAGGGUAGGGAGUCUUUUCCAUUCAUAUCUUGUUUUUAUAUCACAGGUCGGGCACUGAGGAGCAAUAUGGGGAAUUGCAGCAACUCCUGGAUGAUGCAUCUGCAUAUAUCACUGACAUGCAGAAUAAAAAGACAGCAACUAAGGCGAGAAAACGGUUACAAGAAGAACUGGAUAGAAAUAAUGCCGAACAGUUUAGAGAUGAUGCAAUGGUUGCUAUGAGAGAAAGUAAGUUAAUAGUAGGGAUUAAUGCAGGGGAUAGAGGUGGUGGUGCAACUGAACAAACACCAGAAUUAGAAUACCAUAAUCUGUUCUUACUUUUUCCAGGCCCUUUGGAGGGGAGGAGGUUAUUAGAGAGGAGGGCUUAAUAAUUUUGUCUAAAAGGGGAGAGAACUUAUUAUAGUUGGAGGGGUCGAGGUCGAGUGAGGGUGCUUAUGGAGAGAUUACCAGGUGUACAGUGUAUUUUAGUCUUGUAGAAUUUAGCAUAUUUACAUUUCAUAUGAAACGCCAGAUCAAAAGAGGGACUAAUAAAGGACCUUUAUGAAUGGUGUGAUGACAGUGAUGAGCACUUGUAUUACAAUUAAUACUAAAUUUUGUACAGAAAAUUCAAGGGCCAGAGAUUCAGAUGAAGAAACUGAUGAAGAUGAAGAACUUACUAUAGCUGUCCAAAAUAAGAAAAGUAAGUUAUCUCCUAUAUGUUACAGUCUUGGUACACAUCAUCAAUAAUACAGCACCCUACCUGCAUUUAUUAAACAUGUAGAUUACAAUUCACUCAUACAGCAAGUGAUGAUGUCGUUGCGAUAGAAUUACAUAAAUAUUUAAUUCACAUGUAAUGUUAACCAUAGGUAAAAGAAAGAAGCGCACAAACAAGUCAGAUUUCAUGUCAUAUCUCUCAGAAAAAAAUUCAUCCAAUGUUGCUCUGCGACAGAAGGAGCUAGAAUACAAGAAUAAGGCUCUUGAAGUUGAAAACAAAUUAAAGGAAGAUGCAAUGGUAUUGGAGCAAAAGCGACUUGACCUUCAAGCAAAACAAAUUGAAAUGCAAUUUGAAAUGAUGAGGUCAUUUGUAGGUACCAGUAAUUUCUCAAAGCACUAA